CGAAACGUUUCGCCCUGUGCUGCUGUUACUGCUUGCUGUCGACUACCAACUGUCGACUGCUUCUCUUAGUCUGUCCGGCGGUCUUUUGCGCGCUUAGUUUCGACAGACGAACCUGCGCGUCGCGCCGCGAAACAAACUCAUAGAGGAUCGACAAUCAUGUCGUGAAUCUAACGAACUCUCCAUCAAAAAUCUUGGUGAAUAGCUAAGAAAGAACGAUGUCUAUCAACGCUGAGGAUGCUGAGUUUACGUGGUGAAAACGAAGAUCCGAAUUGGAUAAGAAUCGGCACAGGCAGAUGAAAUGUGAAACAUCAAGUCGGCACGUUGCAGACCUGGCGGGAACGAAGGCGGAAGUUAAGAAAGCUGAGGUGAGAUUCACCGCAGGGAUAGCGGCACGUCGGGAGAGCACCUGGCGCGGGCCGCCUGAGAUGACGGCCUUGCGGCAGGAUAUCACGGUAUCCCCAUAUAGAACCUUCCUCUUGGUGUCACUAAUCGGAUUACUGCUCCAAAUCCACUCAACGACGGGUGGCAUAUGUUGGUCGUCUAUCAGUAAUGGCCGUUGUAAGGAACUUCUAUCGCAAGGUGUCACGAGAGAAAAUUGUUGCGCAUCUAACGCAGCAGCGGCAACUGCCUAUUCCGACGAGGAUCUAGACAGCGGAAGUCUCUUCUUCUGGAGAGUUCUUGGUGGAGGUGUGCAGUGUCGUCCUUGUCGAGAGAGUUGCGCGGAAGUGAGGUGCGAGGAAGGAAAAAAGUGCGUAGUACGUAGAGGAAGACCGAGGUGCGUGUGCAGCCCAGAGUGUAAGGCACCGCGUGGUGGUGGACCAGUCUGUGGAACGGACGGCAAGAGUUAUAAGAGCUUGUGUAGACUGAAAAAGCGAGCUUGCAAGAAGGGCAGUCACGAGCUCGCGGUUGCCUACAACGGCCACUGCCAAAGUUCGUGCGCACGGGUCCGGUGCGGCCAAGGUCGGAGCUGUCUGCUGGACCAGAACCUAAGCCCUCAUUGUGUGAGGUGCGCCCGCAGGUGCCCCCAAGCACUCCCGCACCAGGUCGCCGGCGCACGCCCCGUCUGCGGAGCCGACGGAAACACCUACAAGAGUGCUUGCCACCUGCGACUCGCCGCCUGCCGCGCGGGUCGCGCCAUUCCCGUCGCUUAUAAGGGUCAUUGCAAACAAAGCGCAGACUGUACGAAAAUACGCUGUCGAGAAGGCCAAACUUGCUUAUCCGAAAUGAAGUCUGGACGACCACGUUGCGUGACCUGCACCUACCGUUGCCCCCGGAAGCGGGAGCGCGUCCGAAAUAGGGCGCAUCGUGACAGAGAUCGAGAUCGAGAUUGGGAUCGGGACCCUUCGACGACCAUGUUAUGUGCAACAAACAACAUCACCUAUCCCAGUUGGUGUCACAUUAUCAAGGACGCCUGUGUUACUGGCUUCGUUCUUGAAACACGGCACGCGGGUCCCUGUAACGCUUACGACACGGCCCCUCUUUAUAUCGAGGAGGACGACACUUCGAGCAACUACGGGGUUGAUCUGGCGGACGAAGAUACAAAAGUGAGUGAUGAUUACGCCAAAUCUCCUUACGGCCUCCAUUCUAUGCCGUUCACGUAGCUUUAACGUUUUCAUAGUUUUCGAUACUUUGAAAAACAAUGUUGAAGAAAAAGCAACAGGUGGACAGUAACGACUCUACUUUAGUUUAGAAAUGUAAUAGGUGCUCAAGUUCGCAACGGUCUGGAGGAAUGUCGAUGCGCGACUAUUUACGAUGCGUCAUUAUUACUUGUUUGUGACAAAUAGAUUAGAGAAAUCUACAUGAGGCUCAGCUCAACGGAACAAAGGACGGUUUAGCGUUAAAAGCAAAAUGACAAGAGGAGGGUCACGUGAAAAUAGUUGGAGACGUUCACAAAAGACAACUUGAUUGUCAACACUCUCCAAAAAUGACCGAGCACUUGGAAAACAGUUAGAAAACUCUUUUAUUUAACUAAGCAAUAUAUUUAUUUAAUGUAAAAGAGAUGUAUUUAUUUUUACUUUUUAAGGUCCACUGAAAUCCACAUAGAUAUAUUGUAACUUGAGUCGUGAUGCGUUUAUUCUUUUCUCUAGAGAAGGAAGUGUGAUCAAGCUUAAUAAAAUUGUACGAUCACUCAACAUCUCGAUUACAUCGGCAAUUGAUAAUUAUUUCAUCGUCCAUUAACUGACACAUUUCAUUUAUCAAUUAUAAGUGUAUGCACACGUGUAGUUACGGAAAUGUCUUGUGUUAUAUGUGCGUGCGUGCGUGCGUAUAGUGUAUCGUAUGACGUACGACGUCACACUGGAUAUAGUCUCGUAUGAAAAAUACUAUAAACGAUUAUAGAACGCGUGUGAUAAUAUUCCUAAGACGCUUGCUUCGAGAGAUAUAUUUAAUAACUCGGAACGAAUAGCAGUCUUUCACAUCAUACUGUAUUAAUAUAGUAGCAAUACCAAAAUUUUCAUCAAGAUAAAUUCAUCUAGUAUACAUUUUUUAACGAGAGCCCAAACAGUGCGUUUUUUAUAAUAGUUACAUCACAAAGUAAUGGUAUUUAGAAAAUUUAUAUUCGACAGCGCGAGUAAAUAAAAUCAAUAGAAUCUUUUUAAUUUUUUAAUUAACUGUUUACUAUUAUAUAUACCUGUAAUUAGAGGCUUUACUAUUUCAACAUAUUUAGUAAUAAAGUAUUAAAAAUUGCAAGUGUAACAUCAAAUUUUUGUUAUCAAAAGAAAAGUAGCUUUUAAAAUUAACAAUUUAAUCCUAGUGAUUCUAAUAUAUCCAUGAAAUAUCUAUAUAUACA